GCCUUCCAGCUCCUCUCUUUGCCUUCUCUCUUUUCACUCUCUCCACCCAUUCCCAGGCUUUCUAACGCCUUCCCCACUUUUUCUACACCUCUUCUCUCUCACCCUCCCAUCCAACUUCCGCCGACCGGGGACAACAGCAGAGCAGACGCCGGGUGGCCGUAUCGGUCGGGCGGCUGCUACUUCCCGCCAAAACUGAACGAAGACUCCGUCAACGCUACGAAUAGGAGUGUGGAGUUUUGUUUCGUUACCAAGUCCUUUUCUCUCUCUUUUUUUUUUCUUUGUAAAGCACGAUAGUUGAUUUUUGUCCGGUGACACCAGCACACAUCGCAGGCAAGGUGCGUCUAGAACUUUACGUGUUUGCGCGGUUGUUUUCACUGCAGAGAUGUACGUCGCCGAUCUGUACAAAAAUUUCUACAGCGAAGUGAUUAAGACGCGAAUUCUAAUCAUCGUGGCUGCGGACGUCGACGCGCUUGCAGCCUGUCGAAUCCUUCAACAGUUGUUUCACUCCGACAACGCUCUCUACACUCUGGUGCCGGUCACGCAGAAGUCGGAGGUGGUGAAGGCGUACCGAGAGCACGGGGACGGCAUCAGCAACGUCUUGCUCCUCAACUGCGGCGCGACGUGGGAUGUGGUGGAGGACUGUAAGCCCAGAGACGACAACGUUGUCUUCUACAUCGCCGACAGCCACCGGCCCGUUCACAUCCAUAAUGUGUACAACACCAGUCAGGUGAGGCUCCUUAUGCAAGCCAACGAGGAUGAGGGCAUUCCGGCGUUCGAAGAACUCUUUCGCGAGGACGACGAUGCCGACGACUUGCACUUGGACGAGCUCUCUAUCGAAGACGAGAUCGACAAACGCCGAGAACGGCGGCAGUGGGAGGAGCAACGGAAAAAGCGCCUCUUCGAUUACACUCAGUUUAGUUACUACGGCCCUGCCACGGCAGUGACAAUGUUCGAGAUCAGCUGGAAGAUGUCCCGCGACACGAAUGACAUCCUCUGGUGGGCGAUCCUGGGGCUAUCCGAGCAGCACAUCACAGGGAAGAUCGAUCACAAUCGGUACAUCCUGGAAGCUGGGAGCCUCCAAGCUCAUGUCACGCGGCGGAACAACGCCAGUGGAGCCUUGCCUUCAACGAGCAUUGCAGCAAUCAACACGGUCCAGAUUUCUUUCGACCAGGAACUGUGUCUACCGCUCUACUCGCAUUGGUCCCUCUUGGAGAGCCUCCAGAACUCUCCGAGUGUCAUGAGUGCCUUCAAGCUGUGGACACAGAGUGGCCAGCGAAAGCUCCAGGAGUUCCUGGCAGAGCUGGGGCUGCCCCUGCAGCAGUGUAAGCAGCAGUACGCUUCCAUGGACAUGAACCUUCGCAGCCACGUCAAGGAGUGGAUGUGUGACGCGGCCGACAAGUACGGGCUGGACCAGCUCCUCUUUGCAUGCUUCUCGGGGAGGUGCGGCUACCGGGAUCAGUUCUUCGCCUCGGAUGCCGCAUAUGGUCUGCUCGCCCUCGUCGAGUCGCCCGGGGAGCAGCUGUGGGAGAACUUCUUCCAGGCCCUGGACGCCCUGUCCUGGUCUCACACUGACACGCUUCGUCGGGGCAUCCAGCAAGCCAAGGGCCGUCUGCUGGCCGUUGCCCAGCAAGUGCACUCCUUCAUGAACCUGGGCAGCAUCAUUUGUGCGGGACCCUUCUUGUACGGCACCCUGCCGGAUGGCAGUGCCCACCAGCGCCUCUUUGGCUGCCCCAGCGGGCUCAUCCAGCUGGCCCAGUGUGCCCUGAGGGCACAUGCAGCCAGCACCCGCAGCCGACGCCUCGCUACUCUCCCGCUUGUCCUAGCCGCCGAAUAUGCCGCUGAUGCCACCUACACGCUAGUCGUGGGGGUCCCGCCGCUCUCCCAAGGGUCGCCCAAGAACUUUUUUGGCCAGGCGUUCCAACAAGCCAGCUCCAUGACGCACUGCACCUUCUUGGACGAUUUUUUUCACUCCCCCGCGGUCCUGGUGUAUGCCCAAGACAAGGGCAAGUUCUUCGACGCUCUUAUGUCGCUUCUGGUGUGAGCUCGGCCGGGCUCCGGUAACUCAGCCCUGAUAUGGUCCCAUAGGGACAAAGCGCACAAUUCAUAGAUUAUGAGUUUUACCCGAGGCAGCAACCGAGGGAUCGUCUGGAAACAUGUAGCUGGAUGCCUGGGUGAUUGUUUUCUUUUUGGCAGUUAAUGAGUGUGCGAGAUUAAAUGGUUAAAAUUCAGCGACACAUUUUGCCAUAAUGUUUCUGCCGAAAAGGUAACACUCGGGACACAAGCUUGCUCAAACAUAAUCCUGAAUUGCAAACAGUCUGCAAAGUACAGUGCUCAGCAAAACGAAACGGACCAGCAGAGCAUGUGGCCUCACAUACCUGCUGCAGCAUCUGCCAGAAGAAGCCACGCGAUUGGGUGUCACAUGUUGCACAUGCUUGUAGCUGAGCCAAGCAGCCAGCGGUUGUUCGCGCUCGAGGCGCAAACCUCCAUAGGUGAUUACCGCAAAGCCAAAAAGAAAGGCACUUUAUUUUAGUUUGUCUGAAAAAAGAACACAUGCCAUGGCAUCACAUUUAUUUUGUAUAAACUGACAGUUCGCUGCGAGUGGUGGUCACAUUUUCCCCAACUUGUUUAGAAAAAGAUAAAUCUGCAUGAUACUGCAAAAAAAAAAAAAAAACAUGUUGCAAGCUCAUGGCCAGCAUUGAUCAGUCAUCGGGGGCUGUGCACCGAACAAGAGCAACCACCGAGUGCUUGGCUCAGGUGUGCGACGACACCAGAUAGCAUGACUUCUCCUGGCAGAUGGCGUCGUAGGUAUGCAAGGCCAUGCACUUCGCCGGGUUGUUUAGUUUUGUUGAGCACUGUUUAUAAUCCCUUAUUGACAACCUGAUUAGGAAAGUCUUCAUUUUACAAUCUCAUUGGAUAAUUCAUUUUAUUACAUGGGUUUCGAUACAUGUUGUUUUUUCUCUCUUGGGGUGCAUCAUUUUGUAAGUUUUCUCUUUGCAAUUUUUGUGGGUGAUGUUGACCAGCCUGAAAUUGUUGCUAUUCCAAAUCUCCCAAACUUUUAUGCUAGCUACAAUCCCUCACUCCAACUGCAAUCCUAGUUUAGGCAUGUAGAAAUACUUGUUAAAGUAAAAAUUGUAUGUUCUACAUCAGUCACGCUUGACAUCUAAUGGUCCCAAGCUUUUUUCUAUCGGGAAAAUAUUCCAGUUUCACUUGGUUGGAAGUCUAUCUCUGCAUCUGUUUCUAUUCAAGCUGAAAUGAUAUAUGAAGCCCAAACUCGUUCUCUAAAUCCGUGACUUGCAUGAAACCCCAAGAGGGGCAUUAACCCUGUGCAUAAUAUGGAAUAUUUCGUACAGAGGAAGUUAUAAACUUUACUCUGCUGUUUGAACACACUGUUUAGCUUACUAGCAUUCAUUUGUGAUCGUCUCACAACGGUGCUCACAUUUAGUGAGCAGAUUUCUAGGACGACCCAUUGUGCUUACGUUUAGGGCAUCUAAACUGAUUGGUACGUCAUUUGUUUACUGUACACCUUCAGUUCUCUCACUCAAAAAGUUAAUUGUGCAGGCUCUUGCCCUACUAGAUUUAUCGUUUUGUAAUUAAUGCAACAAUCAGUUUGGCUUUUAGAUGCAUUUGAAUGUUAUUUAUUAAACUGUUAUAUUUACCAGCGA